CCGUGCGUUCACCUGUUACGCACGCACGCACGCACACACACAUACGCGUUUGAAUUCAGUCAGGUGGAGAUUAAGCGAGAGGAAACCCGGUACAAAACGUUCACACGUACAGUUUUACGGUUGUCGCUGAGUUUGAAAGUGAAAGAGCGUUUGUAGGAUUUCCCCAUAGCGGCUUUUUGUGGCUUCGAUUUUUUUUUUUUUCUUCUGAAUUGGUCGCGGAAUUGGAACUGACCGUACUACGAUGUAAUCACCAAGCUAGAAGCGACGUUUGAAGUUUACGAGAGCACGUUUUCAGACAAUCGUUCUGAGUCAGGACUAAAAGGACACUUAUCUGUGAAGACUUGUGAUCUGAGAGAUGCCUGUGUGAGCGAAAUGCCCCAGCACAACAUGGAGAACAGCCGGAGCCAGUGGCAGACGGGGUCGCGGCCGCCCUGGGGCAGCCCAAGCCCCACCUCCUCGGGGGCGGAGUCGGACACAGAGAGCAGCAGCACAGAGAGCGAGAAGGUGAGAGAGGGACGGGCAUCGGGCAGACCGGCUCAUGCACAGUCCUGCGUCAGACACCUGCAGCUGGGUUCUCCUCGCGCUUUCCCAUCUCCCUCCAGAGUCCAACAGCGCAUUACCGAGAUCGACCAGCAGAGGGAGGAGCUCAAAAUCGAGUUGCAGUUGGAGAUCGCGUUGCUUCAGGGCGAGCUGCAGACGGAGAAGAGCCAACUCCAGAAGCACACACACAAACUGCAGAGGCUACAGCAGGAGGCUAAGUUAAGGGCGCAACAGCACAAGCUAACGGAGCGAGAGAGGUUGGAGGUGGAGAGGAGCAGAGUGGAGGAUCUGAGGAGGACAUGUGAAGAGAAAGAAGCCCUCCUCUCCACCCAGCCAGAGAGUCAGAGAGAGCAGCUCAAAGUACAACUGCAACAGGAGCGAGAGGCAAUGGAAGCAGCAGUGAGGGCCUUUGAGGAUUGGGAGUUCAGAGUGUUGGAGAAAGAGAGCGGCCUAGGGGAGGAGGAGGAAGAGGAGGAAGAAGAGGAGGGAGAGGAGGAAGGAGAAAAGGAAGAGAAGAAGACGGAGGAGGAGAAGGAGAAGGAGGCUGAAGCAGAAGUAAAGCAGAGGGCAGAGAGUGAAGUUGAUAUGGGGAAGGAGAUCUCCAGUCAGCAGCACCUCGUCAACACUGCACAGGAGCGGGUACAGCAGUUGGAGAAGCAGCUGGUGGAGAUGGAGAGAGAAAAGGAGAAACAGCUCACCGCUCUGAGGAGGGAGAGGAAGGAUCUGGUGCACAACAGUCAACAGACGGUUCUCAAGGAAAAGAAGCCGCUCACCGAUUGGUCCAACAUCACUGGCUCCACCCCCUGCAUGAUGUCACUCUCCCCUCUCACCGCUCAAAGGUCUCCUCCUCAGGAUCCUAUGCGGGAAUCUGCCAGUUUGCCCAGACGGAGGAGCGCGCAUCGCAACAACAAGCUCAGUGAUAGGCCGCUUUCGACACAGGGUUUUGUGAGAGACGCAGACAGUCACAUGAUCCCAGAGGCCUACAUCUCCCCCAUCACCUCACACCGCCUCAGUAACAGCAUCUGUAACGGUCACGGUAACGGACACAAGCCUGGGAGUAGUAACGGAGGGGGUCUGCACACUCCCUGUAACAGCACCACCAGCUCCAGAGCCACCAGCCCUUGCCUGUUGGAUCUGGUUGAGAUUGAGAAGAAGCUGAGAGAGGCCAAGGCGGAGAGGGAGCGACUCCUUAGAGAGCGGGAGGAACGGCGGCAGCUCAUGUUGGAGGAGAAGAGGCAGAAAAUAAUAGAACUGAACUCCCAGAGGAUGGAGGCCCCUGAACCAGAGUCUCCUCUCAAACCUGAGUCUCCAGAAGAGACCAAGCUCAGCCCGGGGCCCAGCUCUCCAGAGCUGCGCAGCCUGCCGCUCUUCCUCUCGCCGAACUUUGACCUCCGCGCCCACAUUGAGUCCCUGGGUCACGGGGUCACGGGCUGCAUCGACCUGCGCCUCACGUCACGACGCUGCGCGGGCUUCCUCACCAAACGCGGAGGAAAAGUCAAGACCUGGAAGAAGAGGUGGUUUCUGUUUGACAUGGACCACAGAAGACUGGCCUACUACACAGAUUGUGAUGAGAGGAAGCUGAAAGGCGUCAUUUACUUCCAGGCCAUAGAAGAAGUUUACUACGACCAUCUACGGACAGCAGCAACUUCCCCUCGACCCCCCCUCACGUUCUGUGUGAAGACGUACGACCGCCUCUUCUUCCUGGUCGCCUCAAACCCAGUUUCCAUGAGGAUCUGGAUGGAUGUUAUCGUCACGGCAACAGACGAGCACUGCCGGUACUGACCCCCCCUCCUCUUCCUCUCAUCAUACUUCAACUACUACUACAGUCUACACUACUGAAAAGACACAAUCAGGGCUGCCUUGUGUGUGGAGAUCUACCUCAUGGACUUAUGGUAAAUCUUUGGAGAUGGAAACUGUUGAAAACUGUUACACAAAAUGAUAAAUAGAACCCAAAACUGAUCAAGAAGCCAAAACUGCCGUCAAGAUGAGCUUAUGUUGACUUUGAGCUCCCUCUUGUGGUCAAACGUAACACUACAGGACUUCAAAAUGCUACACUUCUCCACAAGGGGGCAUCAUACAAAAACAGACUUAAAAAAACAUUUUCUACUAUAUUUUGUGAUGGAAAAACAUGAUAUUUUGUUCUCUGAGGCUGUACAUGAGCUUUUCUUGAAUUAAAUUAUUAUUUUUUAAUACAUAUAUGGGUUUGUAAUGGAAAUGAAGACCUUAAAUGUGUAAUUAAAUGUUUAUUCAUAAGA